UGGAUCGAUAACAAUGAUAGGGAUAUAAACACGAUAUAUCGCCUUUCCCCGCACGUACAAAAGUCACAAUCACAAUUCAAAAGCACAUCCCAUACGACAUUGCCAAUUGAAACAAUCAACUCAAUCCAUCUCGGCGCGUUGAAAUCUCCACCAAAGUUACACGCCAUCGAUGGCUUUCCCAUUACAACGAGGCCUGACACCUCAAGAAAUAGAGUUUCUCUCGGAGAUGGAAAUGGUCACAGUCAUCCCUCGACAACGAUUAGAAGGACUAGAAUUGCUAUCUGGUCCAACGGAAAAAUUACUACCACCACAACGCGCAACACUUCCUCUUUGGCUCGCAAUCCUCUUAAAAAGACAGCGGCGUGUAAACAUCGUCCCGCCGCAUUGGUUACAUCCUGAAUGUCUACAAGUCAUUCUCCAAUUUGAGACGGAAACCAAAGAAUAUACAGAUACAUUCUCACCGCCCCCUCAGCUUCCCGGCCAGCGCAGAGCAGGCGACGAUAGCAGAAGACAAUCGGCCGCUCCUCUGCGACCGAAGUACACCCUUGAUGGUCAACGCUACUACCCAACACCACCGUUCCUCCCGCAAAACACUGCGUUGACGCCCUCGGAAGCAUCAGAUCUAGAAAGAGAAAUCGCGCUACCAUAUCACUGGCUCGAAGUCGGAAAUAUGCUCCUAGAUGCUGCGAGCGAUGACCUCACUGAACCCGACCAGGUGCGACGCCUAUUGAAAGAUUUACGAGAAGUACGAAUGUCAAAAAUGAGAAAGCGCGUGGAUGCGCUAGACGCCGCGGCAGUUGCUGGCGGUGGUGUGUCCUUGACAGGCGUUGGAGCUAUGGAAAUUGGUGAAAUGAGAGGAUUUGUCGCGGGAGUAGUUGAGGGACUACGGAAAAUCGGCGCGUCACGCGAGCAGGCUCGUAGGGAACAACUUGCUGAAGAAGGGUCCAUUCAGGGCUAUACUCAAGAUGAUGACGAUAUGCAGUUCUAG